AAAAACAGAUUCAAAAUGGAAAAGGAAACAAGAUAUUCGAUUCUGGGGUGUCUUUAUUCGAAUCAAGUUUACUACUUUUUUAGUAUUUGUUUGCUUAUUUGUUGUUGUGUUAAGGAAAGUAAUGCUGAUUCUUUCACUAUAUCAAGUUUUACUUAUGGUAGAACUGUGCUCAGGCCUUAUGAUUGGCGCUAUAUUAGAGUUGACUUACCAACAUGGUUCUCUUCGAUGACUAUAUCUUUAGAGUCGGAUGUAGACUUUGAUAAAAAUAGCAUCAUGAUGGCAGAUAAAAGUAAUAUACCGAUGAUUUGUGCUCGUGAAGGCAGUCCUCCUUUGCCCAACACAUACAACACUUCUUUUAUUGGUUUAGUAUUGGAUCCCAUUUUAAAUGGAUCUUUGGCAGUAGAAGGUCUUCAGUUUGCUGAGAAAUGUUAUCAUAUGCAGAAAAAUAUUCUGAUAAGACUAACAAACGAGCAGAUUUCUCCUGGAGUGUGGUAUUUUGGUUUAUUCAAUGGCAUUGGAUCUACGAGGACUCAGUCAAAGAUGAUAAAUCGUGGUUCGGGGUAUUCUUUUAGUGGAAAUGUGAGCGUUGAUGGUUGUUGGAACCCAUCCAGCUCUGGGCAAUUCUGUAACCAAACAAUCGAUCAUGUUUCAUGUGCUGACCAAAAUUCAACGCAAGGAGUCAUUACUUCUUGUAAAAACGAUGGUACACGUUCUUGCAUUCGUGGCAACGAAUCAAAACUCUACUCUUUUGACUUGUUGGCAGUCUCGGAAGAGAUCAUUAUAUCAGCGACCAGUAUCAUAUUUAACCAAACUCGAUCAAAUGAUGCAAGUAACGAUAGUAAUAUUACAUUGAUGUGUUAUGUUCGACAUGGUGGCAUAUCAUCAUCAUUGACACAUGAUUUUUCUGGUAAUAUCAAUAAUGAACCUUUAGUUAUACGAUCCCCGAAGGUUGGUCGGUGGUAUAUUACCAUUAUACCCCUCAACCUUUCAAACGGAAUAGUGGGGAGCAUGAAUAACGUAUGCUAUACAUUGGAGUUGAAGUUGCUUCGUUGUCCAAUGGAUAAAGCUGGAUUGAAUUGUACCUCAGAAAGGUACAUGCUUCAGACAAUUUUGAGGAGGAGUCCCUCUGUACCUUUUGAAUCAUAUUAUUUACCCAUCAGCGAUAAAGUCUCUUCAAAUUCUCCGAAUUUCCUUCUUGAACCCCUCCUUAGCAACUCGUCACUUGGUCAAAAGCCAUCUCAAAAUUUUGGUUGGACUUAUUUUCAAGUAGACAUUCCCGAGGGGGCGUCUGGAGGAAGUAUUCAUAUUCGAUUGAAUUCAGAUACAAAGAUAAAUAACCAAAUCUAUGCAUCAUACGGUGGACAACCAGCUGAAGAUAAAUGGGAUUAUUUUUACGCAAACUCGACUAGCAAUAGCAAUGGUUCUAUGUUCUUUAAGCUGUAUACUUCGGAUGAGAACACAAUUAGUUUCUAUAUCCUGUAUGUCAGAGGAGGAACAUGGAGUUUUGGUGUAAAACAUUUGCUUUCUGCUGGCAAUGCCUCGGAGGGUCAGACUCAAAGUCAAACUACCAUGUCUAUUUCAAUUGAAAGAUGCCCGAGAAGGUGCUCGUCUCAUGGAUCAUGUCAAAAUGUCGUGGAUAUGAGUGGCUUGUCUCUGUACAGCUACUGCUCAUGUGAUCGGAACCAUGGUGGAUUUGACUGCAGUGUUGAAAUCGUCUCACAUCAAGGGCAUAUAUGGCAAUCAGUGUUACUAAUAGCAUCAAAUGCUGCAUUUGUGUUUCCGGCUUAUUGGGCUCUCCGGCAGAAGGCAUUUGCUGAGUGGGUGUUAUACACAUCAAGUGGAAUUUCAAGUGGGUUGUAUCAUGCAUGUGAUGUCGGCACGUGGUGUGCUUUAUCUUUCCAUGUGUUGCAGUUCAUGGACUUUUGGCUUUCUUUCAUGGCUGUGGUAAGCACUUUCGUAUACUUAGCUGAUAUCGAUGAAGGGUCAAAAAGGACAAUUCAUACUGUUGUUGCCAUUCUUACAGCCCUUAUGGCCGAAACCGGAGCAACUAGAUCCUCCAACAUUAUUCUUGUUAUAGCAAUUGGAGCAACAGGCCUUUUUGUGGGCUUUAUGAUUGAGUUUUUUAGGCAUUAUAGGCGAUUUUCGUUUUCGGCAGAACUUUUCCUAAAUCUGCUUCGUAGGUGGCAAACAAUAAUAGAAUGGUGUCGUAAUCUUAUAAAAACAACUCUUAAACGUUUUCGGUGGUUUUUUGUGCUUGCUGGAUUUACGGUGUUGGCGAUGGCUGCCAUAAGUUGGCACCUGGAAUCAACCAGUAGUUAUUGGUUCUGGCACAGUAUGUGGCAUGUAUCGAUAUACACUUCUUCCUUCUUUUUCCUCUGCUCAAAAGUAAAUGCCAUCGGUUGUGCAAAUCAAGAGCCUGAAAACACUAAUUAUGAGUUGGCUCGACAAGACUCCCUCUCGAGACGUCAAGACCAACCAGAAAAUGGCCAAGUUAGGUAGAUAUAUAUUUCUCAAGUUUUGUGAUUUUCCAUUGGGAUGUUGUUGUAAGAUGUGAGCUAGAAAUGUAAAUGUGUAGGCUGAUAGAACUUGUUACAUUAGCAACAAUUCUUAUUAAGUUAUUAUCACGGGGUUGAGGUAUGUAAAUCAGUGGGGUCUGUUGAUAUUACGAGUUAACGAGGAAUUGGAGAUCCGAGGUUCAAAGCUAAGCCAGAAACAAGAAACAGAAAAUUUACAA